CUUUCGAUAUAAUGUCUUCAAUAUAUCAGCUACCAGGAAUAGAGAAUGAGAAAGGUGGUCUAAUAUUUCCUCUGAAACGUAAAGAUAAUAAUAAAGAGGCAAAAUCAUCAUUAUUUGGGCUGGAUAAAUUGGCCGAAAAAAUCAAAAAUGAUAGUACGCCAUACACAAAUAGUUUCUCUUACAACGAAGACGAUGAUUAUCUUGUAACUAACCAAGAUUCACCUAUGAUUCACAGAAUAAAGGUUAAACAAAAGGACGAUGAGUUAUUCAAACGCCCAUUGCCAUUUAGUACUGAAAAAUUAAGAGAGCAUUUAAGGAAACCACAUGAAGAAACACCAUCCUACCCAGGAGGGGUAAAUAAACAAUACCUAAAAGAAAAAAAGGAGAAGAAAAAAAGAAGUCAUGAUAUUGAUAAAAAAAUAUAUCAGGAUAAACAUAAACUUCAACCAGAUACACACUCAAAAUCAAAACACCAAGACAAUUCAAAAAGACGUGACACGCCUAGAGGAGAUAAGAGACGACAUUACGACGAAUCGAUCAGGAGCGAUAACACUACCAAUAGGAGUUUUCAUUCUUCCAAAUACGACUACCCAACACCCCUCAUCAAAUAUGGAGCAGACGAUCAAAAUUUAUCCAAAGCUCGAUGGGACGAAGAAUCAGACGAUUAUUUAAAAACUCCUUCAAAUCGUUCUUUUCAAUCAUCCCAUAUUUUUAAAAAACAAAAUAAGAGAUUCGACGAACAGACCCCUGGAUUAAAUUCUCCUAGAGCUAAAGACAUACCCGAGGAUGAUUGGGACCGCGAACAAAAUCGUUUGGACCGGGAUUGGUACGAUAUGGAAGAAGAAUCCUUUGAUCCGGAUAAAAAUCCCUUUGCCGACAUGUCUCAUCAGUUGACGCAGGAAAAAGAAAAAGCCAUGGAGGAUAAGAAAAAAAAGAUGUCAGCUUAUCAAAGGCAAAUUAACCAAGACAUCGCCAAAUGGGAAACAAAUCGUAUGCUUCGUAGCGGAGUGAUACAAAAACUUUCUUCAGAUGUCCCCGGGAAAGAUGGCGCUGAUGCUGCUGGAGGAGAGGAUUUGGAUGAGGGCUUAGUUUCCGCGUCACGGGUCCAUUUAUUGGUUCAAAAUAUAGUCCCGCCAUUUUUGGAUGGUCGUUUUAUAUUCACCAAACAACCCGAACCAAUCAUUCCUAUCAAAGAUCCUACUUCGGACAUGGCCAUAAUAUCGCGCAAGGGAAGCGCGGUCGUUAAAUUCCACCGCGAGCAGAAGGAAAGAAAACGUGCCCAAAAGAAGGAAUGGGAACUGGCCGGAAGUAGGAUAGGUCGCGUCAUGGGCGUGGCUAAGAAAUCGGACGAAAACGAAGCCGAAAUGGCCGAGCGAGCAGACGAUAAUACGGGGGACGUUAAACCGAAGGAUGAAGAAACGCGCGAUGAAGAUGAUAAAACGGGUGAACGAACGCGCAAAAAUAAAUCAACAGACGAUAAAUUCGAUUACAGAAAGUCUCACAGAUUCAAUAAAGAGGAAAAACAAGAAGGGAACGACCAUUCCAAACGAGAUAAUAAUUCCGCCGCCAAAACUUUGAGCGAAGAAAAAAUUAGACGCAUGAAACGAAGCCUGCCCAUAUUUUCCGUCAGAACCCAACUCAUGAAUAUCAUUCGCGAUAAUCAAAUAGUCAUAGUUGUGGGCGAAACAGGGAGCGGGAAAACGACUCAAUUAACUCAGUAUCUGAACGAGGAAGGAUACACGAAAUGCGAGAUGGUUGGGUGCACUCAACCCAGGCGAGUGGCGGCCAUGUCAGUGGCGAGGAGAGUCGCGGAAGAGAUGAAAGUUAAAUUGGGGGAGGAGGUCGGUUACGCCAUACGAUUCGAGGACUGCACUUCGCCCAACACGAUAAUAAAAUACAUGACUGACGGUAUUUUACUACGCGAAUCGCUGCGCGAGCCAGACUUGGACAAUUACUCCGCCAUCAUAAUGGACGAAGCUCACGAGAGAUCCCUAAAUACCGACGUCCUUUUCGGACUUUUUAAACAGAUUCUGAAACGUCGCAAGGACCUCCGUCUCGUGGUAACCUCCGCCACCAUGGACAGCGCCAAAUUUGCCCGUUUUUUCGGCGGGAACAUUCCCAUUUUUAAUAUUCCGGGUCGAACAUUCCCCGUCCAAGUAUAUUUCAGUAAACACACGGUAGAGGAUUACGUGGAGGCCGCAGUUAAACAAGCCAUUCAAAUUCAUCUCUCGGCGGAUCCAGGCGAUAUCCUUAUAUUCAUGCCUGGUCAGGAAGAUAUAGAGGUCACUUGCCAGCUACUGCAAGAAAGGCUAGAAGCGCUGGAGAAACAACAAGACGACUCCGCGCUAGCACCCAAGCCCCUUAACGUACUCCCCAUAUACUCCCAACUCCCCUCCGAGUUACAAGCCAAGAUUUUUGACCAAUCAGCCACAGGUUCGAAUUCUGGGUUUGACGGUAACAAAGAAGAGAUUACUCGAAAGUGUGUCGUGGCUACAAAUAUCGCCGAAACAUCGCUGACUAUAGAUGGAAUAUCUUACGUCGUCGAUACCGGUUAUUGCAAAUUGAAAGUUUACAAUCCUAGGGUCGGCAUGGACGCCUUGAGCAUAUACCCCAUCAGUCAGGCUAACGCGAAUCAAAGGUCAGGCCGGGCUGGUCGUACGGGGCCCGGGACCUGCUUCAGGCUUUACACGGAAAAGCAGUACAGAGAGGAUCUCUUAACGGGUACCGUUCCCGAAAUACAACGCACCAAUUUGGCCAACGUCGUGUUGCUCAUCAAGGCUUUAGGCAUAACAGACGAAGUUCUUAAGGGUAGCGUGACGAACACUAGCUCCUCUUCCAAAUCCGACGCCGCUAACCCGUUAAAUUCUAACAUUAGCACCGCGAUAGCUAAUCCGGUAAACACGGGAAGCGGGUUUUUGAUGGACCCUCCGCCCGAAGAAAAUAUGCUCAAUAGCAUGUACCAAUUAUGGAUACUCGGGGCGUUAGACGAUUGUGGACGGCUCACUCCGCUGGGCCGCCUCAUGGGAAACCUGCCCCUGGAUCCUGCCCUAUCCAAAAUGCUGGUCGUUUCGGCCUUGAGGAAAAAUAAACAACAACGAAGCAGAGAUCCCAAGACAGGGAAAAAGAUGAGGAACGACGACGACGGGAAAGAAGCGGAGGGCGAUUUAAACGAUUUCAACGAUGUCAAUAAUUGCGGCAUGGGCUGCGCCGAAGAAAUCUUGACCAUAGUAUCUAUGCUCAGUGUUCCCGCCAUUUUUUAUCGCCCAAAAGGGCGCGAAGAAGAGAGCGAUAACGCGCGCGAAAAGUUUGCAGUGCCGGAAAGUGACCACUUAACAUACCUCAACGUAUUCGACCAAUGGAAGCGCAACAAUUUUUCCUCCCAUUGGUGCACCGAUCAUUUCCUCCACUACAAAUCCCUCCGAAAAGUGAGGGAGAUAAGGCAGCAACUCCGUGACAUAAUGGUUCAAAACGGGCUAGAGGUCACCUCUUGCGCCGAAAGAGGGUGGGACGUUGUCCGGAAAUGCAUUUGCUCUUCCUUCUUCCAUCACGCGGCUAGGCUUAAGGGUAUAGGUGAAUACGUUAACCUGAGGACCGGAAUGCCAUGCCAUUUGCAUCCCACUUCGGCCCUUUACGGGAUGGGGUACACUCCGGAUUACGUUGUCUAUCACGAACUAAUCAUGACCUCGAAGGAAUACAUGCAAUGCGUAACGGCCGUGGAUGGUUUUUGGCUGGCCGAGAUGGGGCCGAUGUUUUACCAUUUACGCGUGACGGAUAAAGGCGCCGGCGCCAGUUUGAAAUCCCGCGAGGAAUCUAAAUUGCGGGCAGAAAUGAGCGUUAAGCGUAUGGAGAGGGAAAUGGCCAAGGCACAAGCCGAGAUAAAUAUCGCGGAAUCCGAAAUUAAAUUCGGCCCGGAAUCGGAACAAGCUAGUCCUGGUCCGCUGAGCAGGGAAGGCUAUCUGGCCGAGGCCAUAGCCAGCAGUAGGCGAUUCAGGAAAGGCGGAAUUUUAUCGGCGGAUACGGCCUCUCCCGGAUUAGAUAGGAAGAAAGUUCGGAGCGGAAAAAGUGAAAGUGAUAACAGAACGCACCCGGUUAUAGCUACUCCUGGUCGACGCGACUUUAAAUCGAACACAAAAAGGACACCUCAAAGAUUCGGCCUUUAAAUUGAAGUGUUUUUGUUUUCCCCCCAAAAAAUUAAUGUAUAUAACUCGUUUAAUUUAUUGUAAAUAACGGUGCCAAAAAUGUACGUUGUUUUGCGAUAAAGAAAUAUGAAAAUAAAUUGUUAUUUUAUUUAUAAAAGUUUUAUUUAUUCUUUAUUCACACAAA